AUGGGGUGCUGCCCAGGGGACUGCUUCAACUGCUGCACCCAGGAACAAGACUGCUGUGAGGAGUGUUGCUGCCAGCAAAACUGCUGCGGCUGCUGCGGCUCGUGCUGCGGCUGCUGCGGCUCGUGCUGUGGCUGCGGGGGCUCCAGCUGCGGCGGUGGCUGCUGUGGAUCUGGCUGUGGGGGCUGCGGGGGCUGUGGAGGUGGCUGCUGUGGCUCCAGCUGCUGCGGUGGCUCCGGCUGCUGUGGUGGUGGCUCCGGCUGCUGUGGCCCCGUGUGCUGCCAGCCCACAGCUGUAUGCGACACGAAAUGA